AUGAAGCCAACCAACGCGAUCCUCUCUGUGCUCGCCUCGCAGGCGACGGCGCAGCUCAUCGACAUUCAGAUCGGCGACACCGCCAGACUCGACAUCAUGCGCCAAGCAGCUGAAGCUCAAGUCAACGGCAACACGGCCAAGGCCCACGCAUUAAUGGAUCAGAUCCGCAUCGCAGACGCCGCGCACGAGAAAUCUCUCUGGAAGACUGAUUGUCGUGUCAGCUCUCAAUUCGAAGCUGAGAUCUACACCGUCCAAGAUCCUUCGCGCGCACCUAAGGAAAUAGCCUGGGCGAUGGACUUCCUCGACAACCAUUGGAAGACAGACGACGGUCGCGAUCUUCCGUACCCUGGGGAUUUCGAUCGUUUCAUGCAUCCCGAUGGAUUCAGGGUCAUGCGCACGGAUUAUAAGAAGCUUCCAUGGGCGGUGCGCAAGUACCAUGAGGAGCUUGUCAAGGAGGGCAAGCAGAUGGAGCGCAAGUUCAUCGCUGAGAUUGAUGGGAGUGCAUUCUUUGCACCGGGUGUUGUUACGUGGUUGGCGCCUUUGUUUGCGGGGAGUAAAGUUGAGCCUGGCAAGGAUGCAUGCGAAGAUGACCUUGUUGACUUUAGCAACUGGGACAAGAAGAAGCAGGCGGCUGAUGGUGCCAGGUAUACCUCUGGCUAUGGUGGUAAGGUGCAAAUAGGGGACCAUAUCACUGUUGAGGUGCAUGCUCAGAGGUCUUCUAAGCAAGGUGCUGAGAAGGAGGCUGUGACUGGGGGAGAUGAGGAGACUGAGGGAACCGAGGAGCUGUAG